AUGAAUACUGAUAAGGUGAAUAACAAGCUGGAACUUGCUUCCCAUUUUUUUCUCAUAUAUUUAGGUCAUUCAGGGCUCCUAGCAGAUGAUGCCAACGUACAUUUCAAAGAAAUCUCUAAGAAGAACAUCGAGCUAACGGUAAAUGUCAAUGGAGGAUUUGCCUGCUCAAAAAAUAACGGCGACAAGUGCGAUGAAUUAGAGGUUAUCUUUAUGGAUAUCAGCAGCGGUGAAAAGUGCAUGAUUAGUGUCUGCUGUGACGAUGAAUCGGUAAAACAGGCAAGAUUCAACUAUGAGCACGAGCUGUUCAUUGAUUCGCAACAAAUUGAGUUUCCAUUGGACAAAACUCAGGUUAUGGACUACUACACCCCAAACUUGGAUUCCAAUUUGGAGUCUAAAUUUAAUUUAAGAGGCGCAAAUUUACAGGAAACAGAUCGGUCGGGCAGCUCAGCUGGGCGCCCCUCUGAGUACGAAGCUGUACAUCAGAGGCUUGAAAAGCUUAAGUUUGGAAACCCACAGCUUACUUCACAUCGCCGCAAAAGCAUACCAGAUAUGCCAGGUUUCGAUGACGAGCUCGAAGUCCGCCAGGAAGCUGGAAUUCCUGUAACAGGCACAUUCGGGGUCCCUGGUUUGGCUUCUGAUCCUUCGAAAUUUCAGACAGGAUAUGGGGAUCAGGACUUAUACCCAGGUGGACAAAAAUACCCUAAUUUACAAGAUCCGCGUACACAAUUUCCGGAAGCGAGAAGUCAACCACCGGGUCAAGGCGGAAUGAUAUUUGAUCCGUUUCGGGGUGUUCCAGAUGACUCCAGGUCCAAUCCGCUGCGGGGAGGUCCCUCACCUGGCGGUCCGAAGCCGCCAUUUCCUGGAGCUAAGUUUGAUGACCCGUUCGGCAGGCAAGGCUAUCAAGGUGGUGGGGGUGGAUUUAUUUAG